GCUCGCAGCUCUGGGGGCCCGGCUUUGCCGCGCUCAGUGCACUUGGGCGAGAGCCGUAACGUGGGAGGGAGCUCUGCUCCCAGCGCAGCCGCCGCGAUGAGAGGCGCUCGCGGCGCCUGGGAUUUCCUCUUCGUCCUGGUGCUCCUGCUCCGCGUCCAGACAGGCUCUUCUCAACCAUCUGUGAGUCCAGGGGAACUGUCUCCACCAUCCAUCCAUCCAGCAAAAUCAGAGUUAAUUGUCAGUGUCGGCGAUGAGAUUAGGCUGUUAUGCACCGACCCAGGAUUUGUCAAGUGGACUUUUGAGACUCUGGGUCAAUUGAGAGAGAAAACAUACCCAGAAUGGAUCACCAAGAAAGCAGAGGCCACAAAUACAGGCAAUUACACGUGCACCAAUGAAGGCGGCUUGAGCGGUUCCAUUUAUGUGUUUGUUAGAGAUCCUGAGAAGCUUUUCCUGGUUGAGCUUCCCUUGUACGGGAAGGAAGGCAACGACACGCUGGUCUGCUGUCCUCUGACAGACCCAGAGGUGACCAAUUACUCCCUCACGGGGUGCGAGGGGAAACCUCUUCCCAAGGACUUGACGUUUGUCGCUGACCCCAAGGCCGGCAUCACCAUCAGAAACGUGAAGCGCGAGUAUCAUCGGCUCUGUCUACACUGCUCGGCGAACCAGAAGGGCAAGUCUGUGCUGUCAAAGAAAUUCACCCUGAAAGUGAGGGCAGCCAUCAGAGCUGUGCCUGUUGUGUCUGUGUCCAAAGCCAGCUAUCUUCUCAGGGAAGGGGAAGAAUUUGCAGUGAUGUGCUUGAUAAAAGACGUGUCUAGCUCUGUGGACUCAAUGUGGAUAAGGGAAAACAGCCAGCAGACUAAAGAACAGGUGAAGAGGAAUAGCUGGCAUCAGGGUGACUUCAAUUUUCUCCGCCAGGAAAGAUUGACUAUCAGCUCAGCAAGAGUUAACGAUUCUGGCGUGUUCAUGUGUUAUGCCAAUAAUACUUUUGGAUCAGCAAAUGUCACAACAACCUUAGAAGUAGUAGAUAAAGGAUUCAUUAAUAUCUUCCCUAUGAUGAAUACAACAGUAUUUGUAAACGAUGGUGAGAACGUGGAUCUGGUUGUUGAGUAUGAGGCAUAUCCCAAACCUGAACACCCACAGUGGAUAUAUAUGAACAGAACUUCCACUGACAAGUGGGAAGAUUACCCCAAGUCUGAGAAUGAAAGUAACAUCAGAUAUGUAAGUGAACUUCAUCUAACCAGAUUAAAAGGGACCGAAGGAGGCAUUUACACAUUUCUCGUGUCCAAUUCUGAUGCGAAUUCUUCUGUGACAUUUAAUGUUUACGUGAACACAAAGCCAGAAAUCCUGACUCGUGACAGGCUCAUGAAUGGCAUGCUGCAGUGUGUAGCAGCAGGAUUCCCAGAGCCUACCAUCGAUUGGUAUUUUUGUCCAGGAACCGAGCAGAGAUGUUCUGUCCCCGUUGGGCCAGUGGAUGUGCAGAUCCAAAACUCAUCUGUGUCACCGUUUGGAAAACUAGUGGUUUACAGCUCCAUUGAUGACAGCGCCUUUAAGCACAAUGGCACGGUGGAGUGCAGGGCUUACAAUGAUGUGGGCAAGAGUUCUGCCUAUUUUAACUUUGCAUUUAAAGGUAACAGCAAAGAACAAAUCCACGCCCAUACCCUGUUCACGCCUUUGCUGAUUGGUUUUGUGAUCGCAGCUGGUAUGAUGUGUAUCAUCGUGAUGAUUCUUACAUACAAAUAUUUGCAGAAACCCAUGUAUGAAGUACAGUGGAAGGUUGUUGAGGAGAUAAAUGGAAACAAUUAUGUUUACAUAGACCCAACGCAACUUCCUUAUGAUCACAAAUGGGAGUUUCCCAGAAACAGGCUGAGUUUUGGGAAAACCUUGGGUGCCGGCGCCUUCGGGAAAGUUGUUGAGGCCACUGCAUACGGACUAAUUAAGUCAGAUGCGGCCUUGACUGUUGCUGUGAAGAUGCUCAAACCAAGUGCCCAUUUAACGGAACGAGAAGCUCUAAUGUCUGAACUCAAAGUCUUAAGCUACCUCGGUAAUCAUGUGAAUAUUGUGAAUCUUCUUGGAGCAUGCACCAUUGGAGGGCCCACCCUGGUCAUUACAGAAUAUUGUUGCUAUGGUGAUCUUCUGAAUUUUUUGAGAAGAAAGCGUGAUUCAUUUAUUUGCUCAAAGCAGGAGGAUCAUGCAGAAGCGGCGCUUUAUAAAAACCUUCUCCAUUCAAAGGAGUCUUCCUGCGGUGAUAGUACUAAUGAGUACAUGGACAUGAAACCUGGAGUUUCUUAUGUUGUACCAACCAAGGCAGACAAAAGGAGAUCUGCAAGAAUAGGUUCAUACAUAGAAAGAGACGUGACUCCUGCCAUUAUGGAAGAUGAUGAGUUGGCCCUAGACCUGGAGGACUUGCUGAGCUUUUCUUAUCAGGUGGCAAAGGGCAUGGCAUUCCUCGCCUCGAAGAAUUGUAUUCAUAGAGACCUGGCAGCCAGAAAUAUCCUCCUUACUCAUGGUCGAAUCACAAAGAUUUGUGAUUUUGGUCUAGCCAGAGACAUCAAGAAUGAUUCUAAUUACGUGGUCAAAGGAAACGCUCGGCUACCUGUGAAGUGGAUGGCACCAGAGAGCAUUUUCAACUGUGUGUACACGUUUGAAAGUGAUGUCUGGUCCUAUGGGAUUUUUCUGUGGGAGCUGUUCUCUUUAGGAAGCAGCCCCUACCCUGGAAUGCCAGUCGAUUCUAAAUUCUACAAGAUGAUCAAGGAAGGUUUCCGAAUGCUCAGCCCUGAGCACGCACCUGCGGAAAUGUAUGACAUCAUGAAGACUUGCUGGGAUGCUGAUCCCCUGAAAAGGCCAACAUUUAAGCAGAUUGUGCAGCUGAUUGAGAAGCAGAUUUCAGAGAGCAGCAAUCAUAUUUAUUCCAACUUAGCGAACUGCAGCCCCCAUCGGGAGACACCCUCGGUGGACCGUUCCGUGCGGAUCAACUCGGUAGGCAGCAGCACAUCCUCCACGCAGCCUCUGCUUGUCCACGAAGACGUCUGAAGCAGAAUGCGCAUCUGGGGGUGGGGGGGACUCCCCAACAAGAACGGCCCCAUUCUUUUGGUUUUCAUAAUGGUUAUUUUGUUUUCCUUCAACUCAAAUCCUACACCAGGGUAGUGGGCACCCCACUGUACUCCUGUCUUUAUGAGCACACUUUAGUAGCCGAUGACUUCUGUCAUCAGCUACCAUCGAGCUGCAUAUGUUCCCAAUAGCAAGCUAGCCCCCGUUAACAGAAUAACUUCAGACUUGGAGAAAGGGUGGGUGGGAUGGACUAUAGACACCCUGAGUCCUUCCCAGGGCUUCUCCAAUUUCUGCCUGAAAAGUAUAGUUGAUAGUUUAUUUGAAUACAUGGCAGUAGUCACCUUCAUUCCUCAUAAUCGUCUGUAAUGAUAUGAUGAUGCAGCAAGAUUAGAAGCCGAAAGCUCAUCCCUUGAUGUGGAAAAUAGAAUGUUAUUCAAAGGGCAGAAGCCUAUGAGUAUCUGGGCUCAAGAAAUCUAGUAUUUCACGCUGGGAGUGAGACGUAGGCUGUGGAAAAAUGCUUUCCAGGCACGAAUAAAGACUGCUGGGUGUGAACCUCUGUGCUCCUGACCUGUUUUCUAAAUAGAUUCACAAUUAGGGAGCUGAAUUUGAGAGAAGGCCUCCCCAGCCUGCAUUUUGUAUAUACUCAUCUAUAAAUUGUACAGAUUCACAUAUCUGAGGGGGGAAACCCACAAGGCGUAGUUUCUGGAUACGAUUCUGGCUUGAGUCUGCUGUGUGUAGGAAUAGCUGAAGAGCCAGACAAGUUUGAAGGGAACAGCUAGUGCUUUUUUU